CCUCCCCGCCCGCUUGGGAGGCGCGUUGGCCGGCACUCGCUGGGCACCGAGCACCGCCUCCCCCCGGUGGGGGCCGGGACCUCGGGAGCGGGUCGCUCCUCCCCGGGGGUGCGGACGGCCCAUCCCUGCUCGGCCGGGCUGCGUGGAGGAGUGGGGAUCCCGCCUCCUGCCCGUCCGCCUGCUGCGACUGAAACCUAAACGGAGGAAGCAAAAGAAAGAAACUUUGGCUUUUUAUUGUGGUUUUUAUUCUGUAACCGGAGGGAGCUUCGGCCGGCAGGAAAAAUGUCCUUUUUCAAUUUCCGUAAAAUCUUCAAAUUGGGCAGCGACAAGAAGAAGAAACAGUACGAGCAUGUGAAGAGAGAUUUGAACCCCGAGGACUUUUGGGAAAUUAUAGGUGAAUUGGGGGACGGAGCCUUUGGGAAAGUGUUCAAGGCCCAGAAUAAAGAGACAAAUGUGUUAGCUGCUGCAAAAGUGAUUGACACUAAAUCUGAAGAAGAACUUGAAGAUUAUAUGGUUGAGAUUGAUAUUUUAGCAUCAUGUGAUCAUCCAAAUAUAGUCAAGCUGCUGGAUGCCUUCUAUUAUGAAAAUAAUCUUUGGAUCCUCAUUGAAUUUUGUGCAGGUGGUGCAGUAGAUGCUGUGAUGCUUGAGCUUGAGAGACCAUUAACAGAAUCCCAGAUACAAGUAGUUUGCAAACAGACUUUAGAGGCAUUGAACUAUUUGCAUGAAAAUAAAAUUAUCCAUAGAGAUUUAAAAGCAGGCAACAUUCUUUUUACGUUGGAAGGAGACAUUAAAUUGGCGGAUUUUGGUGUAUCGGCUAAAAACACAAGGACUAUACAGAGAAGAGAUUCUUUUAUUGGCACACCAUAUUGGAUGGCUCCAGAAGUGGUUAUGUGUGAGACAUCUAAAGAUAGACCCUAUGAUUAUAAAGCUGACGUUUGGUCCUUGGGCAUCACUUUGAUAGAAAUGGCUCAGAUAGAACCUCCUCAUCAUGAGCUAAAUCCAAUGCGAGUACUAUUGAAAAUUGCAAAGUCUGAACCUCCUACACUGGCACAACCUUCAAAAUGGUCUUCAAACUUUAAGGAUUUCCUAAAGAAAUGUUUGGAAAAGAAUGUGGAUGCCAGGUGGAAUACUUCCCAGCUUCUCCAGCAUCCUUUUGUUACUGUGACUUCCAACAAACCCAUCCGAGAAUUGAUUGCGGAGGCAAAGGCUGAAGUAACAGAAGAAGUUGAAGAUGGCAAAGAAGAUGAUGAUGAAGAAGAAACAGAGAAUUCUCUGCCUAUACCUGCUAAUAAGCGUGCCUCCUCUGACCUCAGUAUUGCCAGUUCUGAAGAAGAUAAACUUUCACAGAAUGCCUGUGUUCUGGAAUCUGUAUCGGAAAAAACAGAACAUAACACUAGUGGAGUCAAAGCUCAAAGCAGUGUUACUAAUGAGAAAACCGUCAUUGAUGAGCCUGAAAAAAUUAUUGAGAGAAGUAUUGACGACUUUGCUGAUGAUCAGCUUGAAAAUGUUGUUGAGUUCCAAAAUGGGACAGGAUUAGUUAAAGAGAAUAAGAGAGAAGAGAAGAAACUCAAGGUAGAAGAGACAUCGGAAGUAGAAGACCAUGUGAGGGAAGGAAAUGCUGUGAUGGAAAGAAAAGAAAGUGAUCUGCUCAUGACCUCAGAAAUAGGGGCUGCUCUGAAACCUGAGGAGGAAAAGGAUCAGAAAAAGCAGCAGUUAUCUGAAAAUGAGAUAAUAGAAACAAAUGAAAUUAAAGAUAUGGCUGAUUAUGUGGCAGAAUUGGUUUCUGAAGAGACUGGAGAAAAAGAAGAAAAUAUAAGAGAGGCAGACAUUCGUGGAACUGAAAGUGAAGUUAAGCUUGAAACAGAAGUGCAGCGUAAAAUAGAGGAGAUUGAAGUCACCAAAGGUGAGGUGGAUGACACAGACAAAGCGGAAACAGGCGAAGUACUGGAUCCAGACCAGAAGGCAGCUGGAAACAAUACCAGGGAAGCUCAGAGCAAUGACAGAAAUGAAGUGACUGAAUUAAAUGAAAAACUAAAACAAAUUAAGCCUGAUGUUGAGCCUGAGGUUAGUGGUAUUGAGGAAACUCAGGUACAAAGGAUAGUUGAAACAAAUAUCACAGAUCAGAUGUCUGUGGAAGGUAAAAGUGAAAGGGCAUGUGUUAUGAACAGAAGUGAGGAACAUUUAAUUAGUACUUCAGGGGAUAUACUGGUUAUUGGUGAGAAACCAAUGACAAAUGAAAUGGAAGAAAUUAAGGAAACAAGUAGCAAUGAAGAAAUACAGGUCCAAAACACAGUGAUUCAUACUGGCGAAAAGUCAGUAGGAAGUAAAACUCAGGAUUCUCAUCAACCUCUGCUAGACAUAGAACAAACAGAAUUUCCAAGUGAAUUACCAAUUAAAGUUGAACCUCAAGUUAUUGCAGCUUCACAACCCAGUGAACCUCAACCUGUCCCCAUACCCAGUAUUAAUAUUAACUCUGAAGAGACAGAAGAUAAAGGGGACACAGGUACACUAUCCCAAGUUGAAACUUCACUACAUUUAGAAUCUGAGAUUCAAAAGGAAAAUGAUACUGAUUCAGGCACUGGUUCCACAGCUGAUAAUAGCAGCAUUGAUUUGAAUUUAUCUAUCUCUAGCUUCCUAAGCAAAAAUAAAGACACUGGAUCAAUAUCUUUACAAGAAACAAGAAGACAUAAGAAAACAUUGAAGAAAACGCGGAAGUUUGUUGUUGAUGGUGUAGAAGUGAGUGUGACAACUUCAAAAAUAGUUACAGAUAGUGAUUCAAAAACUGAAGAAUUGAGAUUUCUUCGACGUCAGGAGCUUCGGGAAUUAAGAUUUCUACAGAAAGAGGAACAGAGAGCUCAACAGCAGCUCAACAACAAAUUGCAGCAACAACGGGAACAAAUUUUCAGGCGUUUUGAACAAGAAAUGAUGAGUAAGAAGAGACAAUAUGACCAAGAGAUUGAAAAUCUAGAAAAACAACAGAAACAGACAAUAGAACGCCUAGAACAAGAACAUACAAAUCGCUUGCGAGAUGAAGCCAAACGUAUUAAAGGAGAACAAGAAAAGGAACUGUCCAAAUUUCAGAAUAUGUUGAAAAACCGAAAAAAAGAGGUUAUAAAUGAAGUGGAGAAAGCACCCAAAGAGCUGAGAAAAGAGCUCAUGAAACGCAGGAAAGAGGAGCUUGCACAAACCCAGCAUGCUCAGGAACAAGAAUUUGUUCAGAAGCAACAACAGGAAUUAGAUGGAUCACUGAAGAAGAUCAUCCAACAACAGAAGGCAGAGUUAGCUAACAUUGAGCGAGAAUGCCUGAAUAAUAAACAACAGCUCAUGAGAGCUCGUGAAGCGGCUAUUUGGGAACUUGAGGAGCGACACUUACAAGAAAAACAUCAGCUCCUUAAACAACAACUCAAGGAUCAGUACUUCAUGCAAAGGCAUCAGCUACUUAAGCGCCAUGAAAAGGAAACUGAACAAAUGCAGCGAUAUAAUCAACGGCUCAUCGAAGAGUUAAAAAACAGACAUACUCAAGAAAGAGCAAGACUACCCAAGAUCCAGCGUAGCGAAGCCAAGACUCGGAUGGCCAUGUUUAAGAAGAGUUUGAGAAUCAAUUCAACAGGCACUCCAGACCAGGACCGUGACAAAGUUAAACAGUUUGCUGCUCAAGAAGAAAAGAGACAGAAAAAUGAAAGGAUGGCUCAGCAUCAAAAACAUGAAAAUCAGAUGCGGGACCUUCAGUUGCAGUGCGAAGCUAAUGUCCGAGAACUACAUCAACUACAGAAUGAAAAAUGCCAUCUGUUGGUUGAACAUGAGACUCAGAAACUAAAGGAGUUAGAUGAGGAACAUGGCCAAGAACUAAAAGAGUGGAGAGAAAAAUUGAGACCCAGGAAAAAGACACUAGAAGAAGAGUUUGCAAGGAAGCUUCAAGAACAAGAAGUAUUCUUUAAAAUGACUGGGGAGUCUGAAUGCCUUAACCCUUCAACCCAGAGUCGCAUCUCCAAAUUCUAUCCAAUUCCUAGUCUGCACUCCACUGGAUCAUAACUCCAGAGAGUGUGAUUGGGUUGGUCUUUGUUUUUUAAAUUUGCUUCUCUCCAUCUUUUGCCACACUAAAAUAUACAACUUAUACCAGAGAGUUCAUGAAGACAAUCGUCUGCAUCACUGUUUAAGUGGGCUUUUGUGAUUUGCUUUACUGGAAGUGUAAUGGCAGAGGUAGAGAAGGUAACUAGGGCAGACACUGAUUGCUCUGUGUUAGGCAGUGUGGUGUCUUAGUUAUUUCUUAAGGUGUUUUUUUAUAUUAAACUAAAAAACAUCUUUAUUAUUUAGACAUUAAAAACAUUGUUAAUUAAUAUCUUUUUAACUGAACUUAAUUCUCAAUGUUGACUGAAUUCCACAGUUGAAACUCCACUAUAUAGAGUUUGGAAUUUCUUGUGGUGAAUCAGCUUUCACAAAAAAAGGACACGUAAAUUAUUCAGUGUGUUUGUUUAAUAAAAGAAUUUAUUAUGUUUUUAUCCUUAAAUUCAGUAACACAAACCCUUUUGAAAGAGAAAAUUUUUUCAGCAGUUUGUCUGAACUAACUAUAUUACAGAUAUUCAGUCUAAUAAGUAAAGGUGCUUUCAUUAAUAUAGUGCCUGAAAUAUGUAAAUUUGUUCACUUCUAAAACAGGAUUUUCUUUUCUGGUUGAGAGUAGAGAGAGAAAAAUACCCAUAACAUUAAAGUUACCAUUUUAAAAAUCUUGCUGCUACUACAUUUGUCAGAAAUUCUCAUUCGAAAAUAUUUUGCACUAAAAUACAUAAAGAUGAAAAAACCCUACCAAGAGUUCAUUACUCUUAGAAAUUUGGAAGUUCUACAAACUGAUAUGAGUGCAGAUUGAGUAGUUACAUUUUAGUUUAAUGGGGACAACCCGUAUUCUUUAAUAUAUUUGGGCUAAUUAAAAUGGCUUCUCCCCCAUCUUACCAAAGUCUUCAUUUAAAACUCUCUUAGAGACUCAGAGACUCUGAAUUAUAUUUAUAAACAUAGUGAACAAAAGUAAUCUAAAAAAUAUUUGAAGACUUUCAGAAUAUUCAAAAAAAUUUAAGGUAAAUAUUUAGACCAGUGUUUUUAGAUUUGCUUUUUUUGUGUUUUGAAAUUUGGUUGCUUACAUGUUACAAUUUGAUUUUGUCUUAAGUUGAUAGAUGUGUUAAAUUAUUUACUUUGAUUUGCAGUGGGUAAAGUCACACUUUUAUCAUGUAGUUUGUGAUAAGCAUAGCUAUUAAAGAAUUAUUCAGUCAGUUCUUUUGAGGGUUGGAAUUUCAAGUAUGAGUCAUAUCAUGACAGUAUUAUAAACUGUACUAUGGUAUGUGAAAGACAAAUGAUACUUGCUUUCUGUCAUUUGAAACCCACUGUCUUGGUACCCAGUUUUAAAAGAUCUAUUUUCUGUCUUGCUGGUUUGUAUUAAAUGGGAGGCUGGUGGAACUCCUAAGAGUGUAAUUUCCUUUAAACACUGCUGAGUUGAGAAAAAGAAAUGUAAAUAACAAUUUCAUUCUCUUGAAGUUGAUUGAAAAACUUUGAAUGCUGAAGCUUUCUCUGUCAGUCGUUUAAAUGAUUGAAAAAUGCAUGUUAAAUUUUAAUUUUGUAAUUAAUGUUUUUGAUAAGCAUAAUUUACUUGGACUACUUUAUAGUUAGCCUUAAUUUCUGGCCAAGUUUUUUUUUAAAGUACGUAUAUAUAUACAUAUAUAUAUAUAUAAAUAUAUCAUGUACUGGCUGUAAAUUCACACACCAUCAUCACUCAAAUGUGUUGUUGUAUGCAGAACUCUUUUAAAUAGCUUAUUCUCAAAUGCUGGGAUGAAAAAUGUUUUGGAAGGCCUUUUUAAGCUACAUCUUUAUGAAAGUAAUUAAUAUGCAUUAAAAAUGGAAAUGGUUUAUAUUAUUAUCAUAAAAAUAUUACAGUAUCAUGAUGCCCAAUGGAUUCAAUGAUUUAUUUGAAUUGGGAAUGGUAAGAGGUAGAGGAGGAAAAUGGAUGUGUUCACAUUCCACUUUUUCCUUGGAAAAUAACAGUUCACUGACUUUUUGCAUUUACUCUUUUCUCAGCAGAGGACAUUGGUGUUCUCAUUCUUUAAUUGAUAGUCCAUGUGCUAAGUAUGUUGGGAACAUAACUACUUUCCUCCAAAUAUUUGAUAACUUUCUACACCCUUGAAGUUGCAUGUUUAUAUUGCUGAAAAAGGAGAUCAGGCCAAGAUUAUGAUGGUUGGUUGAUACCUUAGGUAAGUUUGAUUGUUAGAAAGCACUAUCCUGAUUGCACUGCCUUUGUUUUGCAUCUCCCUUUCAGCUAGAUUCAGUGUUCCAGAAUGACCUCUGCCUUAAAGAAUGACCAUUUUCCAAAAGGGUGGAGAAAAAAUGGAGAAUUACGUAUUGGAAACAAAACUUAAUUUCAAAAUGAAGACUGAUAGAUCCUUUUAAAAAUGUUUUAUUGUGAAAAAUUAAAAUAGAACACUUAUCUGCUCACCCAUUGUUAGGCUUCAGCCAUGAAGGUUCAUUUUUUUUUUCCCAUUCAAAUAAAAGGGAUUUUUUUUUCCUGUGAGGAAAGGAGUUCUUGGGAGCUUCAGUGUGUAGUCAUAACCAUUCUUGGCUUGUUUCCUAUGAUGCUGUGGCAGAACAUGCAACGAAACCCAUUAAAGAGAGUCAUAAUGUAUACAUCUGAAACAUCCUUCAUUUUUUUCCUGUGUGUUAUAGAUACACACUCCUAAUGUUCUCAGAUAGGUAUAACUCAGAAAGCUAGGUGUGCCAGAUUUCUUUUUCCUAGCCCUUUUGAUCCAUAGCUGGGAUGCAAAUUGCUAAAUUAAAUUAUGCUCACUUAAAUUUGUGAAUAAGCUUUUUCUUACCCUUUUCUGUGGGUCCUGGGGAGGCCACAAGUUGGGUAAACAGAAAAUUCAGCUUGCUUCCAUUGAGCUGAUAUGAUGAUCUCCCUGUAACCUGUGACAGGUUAAGCUGAAUUUCAAUUAAACAGAAACCAGAACCACAGCUACCUCUAAGAAGUAGUGUUUUCCUCAAGCACAAAAACGCUCAGGCAUACUAGGCCCAUUUCAUUGUAGGGUCUCCAAUUUUGUAAGCAUCAGCAAGUUUUAGAACUGCCUUUUCUAAUCUCCCAAACCCACUUUAGCUAAUAGCUCUCUCCCAGACCAUACAGUGCUUAGUAGAGAAAGUUCUUCUGAAAGAGCCAAAUACAGUCAAAUUAUUAGGUAGACAAGGAUAUGCUUAAAAGAAAAUCUAGAACUGAGAGGGGAAGUUAGUUCUAGUUCUAAGGGUGAAAAUCAGCUCUUUUUGGGUAAAAGGUAUUUUGCAGGAAAUGGAAUGUCUUAUGAAAAGCCACUCUGACGAAGGCCCAACAACCGAACACCUGUCUUGUUGCCAUGGUUGCAGUGGUGUUGCUCUAGCUUUAAAGUUCUGCUCCUGAGCUUGAGGCAGAAUAUUGUGUCAGUUUCAAUGUAGGCCGCUGUAGGUGAUGCUUUUCUGACUUGCAAUGUCAUGGCUCCACAAGUUUUUCAGAAAGAACUCUUGUUUCAGUUUGUGCCUCUUGUCUACUGGAGAGCAAAUGUCUUUGAAGUUGUGGGAUUGACACACUAAAAUAAAGUCAUUUCUUAAACUA